UGAAUUUCUCGCGGGCCCACAAAAGCCCGAAAAGCGUUUUUGCCUACCUCUGUGCCGUCAACUCCUUAGGAAAUCCAAUGCAAUGCCACCACCAACUCAAGCACCUCACAUUGCUAACCUAGUGAACAAUCCAUACAAUCCUUCUGGGAUGAAUCAACUUCGACCCAUGACUUAUAACCAGCAACCACCAUUCGAACAAUCCUCACCACCACAAAAUGUUCGUCCAUAUCAGUCCACAUUACCCCAACCUCAACCUGGUUCACCCGACGAUGCGAGAGGCAGUAAACGGGUACGAGUCAGUAGAGCAUGCGAUACUUGCCGACGUAAAAAGAUUCGAUGCGAUUUUGACAAUUUGGCAGGUGCCCAUGCCUGCACAACGUGUGUCAAUGCAGGUUGGGAGUGCACAUUCAACGAGGUUGCAAAAAAGAGAGGUCCUCCAAAAGGAUACAUCGAUAGCUUGGAAGAUCGACUGAAGAAGAUGGAACGGCUGCUUGAGAAUAUAGCUCAGUCAGGCAAUCCUGCCGCUACUGCAGCCCUCCGAAAUGGAUUUGGACCAGACGAUUCGGAAGUCAAUGAAGCAAGCAUGGAUGAGGAAGUAUCCCCAACACUGCGAACGUCGACCCGCUCGGCUAGCAGUGAAGUUCAGCCUCAGACAAACGUUUCUCCACCGGUAAAGAGCGAUCAAAUGGUUAUAGCUCCAGAAAUUCCAAAGCAAAGCGAAAUGGUGGAUGGUAGUAUGCGCACUUUGACUGUUCCGGACUCUCAAAAAGUAUGCAAGUAUAUUGGAGGUUCAGCUGGCAUCCACUUGUUUGCCAAUAAAGUCUACGAUGCGACAACAUUUGGCACCAAGAAAAUCUUUUUUCCAGACCAGCCCGAGAACAAGGAAGAAUCAGGUGAAAUUAAAGAUGGAGGUGUUUUUGUGGUUAGGGAACAAUAUGACCAUGAACAUGCAAGAGAUUUGGAAAAUGCUCAGUUGGAUAUGAAAGGCGCCAUGCCUCCCAAAGACCUCGUGGAUUUGUUGAUCAAAACCUUCUUUGAGGAAUCUAUGGUCAAUUGUCCGAUUAUCGAUCAAAAGGAAUUCAUGGAUGCCUUUGAGGGUAGAACCACUCCACUGCCUUCCAGAAUGUUAAUGAAUGCCAUGUUUUGCGUCGCCUGCCGACAUCUCCAAUCGGACCACCCAGUCCUCGUCCGUCAUAAGCUUGACUCAAAACGCCUUUACAAGCUUUUCACCGAUAGAGCUGCUAUAGCAUUCACCCGCCAAUACUUCAGCCCUAAUGUAUCUACUAUCCAAUCGUUGCUGUUGGUCAUCAGUAACCCCAAUUUCACAGCACACGGUAAUCCCAACUGGAUAUGGUGUGGUAUGGUGAUUCGAAUGGCACAAGACAUUGGAUUUCAUCGAUGUAAUGGAACAUUUAGAGUAUCGCCUGCACAAGAGGAAUUUGCAAGGAGACUAUGGUGGAGCACAUACAUUACCGACCGAUGGACCUGUGCUAUGCUUGGAAGGUAUGUUUGAAAAAUGUCUGACCACUUUUCUACAUUGUAUCUCACUAUGCGCUUUUAGACCCCUUGGUAUCUCAGAUGCAGAUGUCGAUACUGAAAAGCCAGAGGCUAACAAUGAGAAAGACGAGACCUUCCUCCAUUUCAUCAAAUUGUCAGAAAUUGUUGGUGAGGUAUUGCGUCGCCUGUACUCUGCCAAGGCCAAAGCCAUGGGAUAUGGCAGAAAAGAGGUGGAAAAUGUCACUGAACUCUUGCGAGGGAUGCUCCUUGACUGGCGAAAAUGUCUUCCAGAGCGGUUGAAUAUAACCGACAGUGAGGUAUCGUCCCUUCGAGCGCAAUUCAGCUCUCAGUUACGACCUGAUAAGGCAUACGCGGAAAAAGGUAAACCAAAGCAACG